AUGCUCGCUGAAUGUGUUGAAAAGAUUACAACUUGGUGGCGCGAUCCAGCCAACUACAACAUGGCAUUGAUGGCCUACAAAUCUAUGCCGCCUCUAAUCGCGCCGCUUCUCUUUUGGAUUGACGCUCCUUAUGGUCGUUUUGCAGGAAAGCUUAUUGUGGAUUGGAACCUACCUGGCAAACUUACGUGGUGUUUGAUGGAAGUCCUAUCUCCAGUGGCGUAUGCCGUAUCCAUGACAACCAUUGGCAGCUGGAGUCAAUCCUCCUCAAGUCAAAAGUUACUUACGGGCCUAUGGAUGGCACAUUACACCAAUCGAGCUAUUAUACACCCUUAUCGCGCACCCUCCAUGGCUCCUAUCAACGUUAUCACCAUGCUAGCUUCCGUUGUAUUCAACUUUUUGAAUGGAUACACCAAUGGCAUGUGGAAUGCACGUAAUACUUUUGAUAUUGCUACUCCUCGUGUCAUGUUGGGCGUUGCUUUAUGGCUCACUGGAUUAUCCAUCAACAUUUAUCAUGACUCUGUGCUCUUUAAUCUUCGACGACAACGACGACAACAAUCCUCUUCUUCCAAUCAGCAACGCUACUUUAUCCCUUAUGAUGGUCUCUUUAAGCUUGUCAGCUGUCCCAAUUAUCUAGGCGAGAUGAUUGAAUGGACCGGCUAUGCUAUUAUCGCUUGGCCCAGCGCUCCUGCUAAUGUAUUUGCUCUUGCCACUGUUGCCAAUCUCGGACCUCGUGCUGUACGAACCCACGCAUGGUAUAAGCAAAAGUUCACCGAUUAUCCCCGCACUAGAAAAGCUCUUAUCCCCUUUCUAUUCUAA